AUGCUUCCUCUGGGUCGAAGGGUGCAAGAUAAGUUAGAGGCUCUUAUAGAUAAGUAUAUGUCGAAGCUCGGUGCAUCUAAGCUCGAUCUAUCCUCGAUAUCUUCCGAAAGUUUAUGGGAAAGAAGCGGGCGUUUAGGAUCUAUCGGCUCUGAGCUUUUCCGCUUCAAGGAUAGGAAAGAAGCCGGUUAUCUCUUAUCCCCAACACACGAGGAGGAGGUUACUACUUUGGUAUCCGGUGCGGUACAUUCGUACAAAGAGCUCCCACUCCGCGUAUACCAGAUAUCACGAAAAUAUCGUGACGAGUUGAGACCUAGACAUGGGCUUUUGCGCUCCCGGGAAUUCGUAAUGAAAGACCUUUAUACUUUUGACUCGAGUGUUUCGCUAGCUCUCUCGACCUAUAAUGAAGUAAGAGAAAUAUAUUCUCGGCUUUUUGAUGAGCUGAAGAUACCUUAUUUGGUAGCCGAAGCGGAUUCUGGUGAUAUGGGUGGCAAUUUGAGCCACGAAUUCCAUUUUUCGACAUCGAAAGGCGAGGAUCAUGUUAUUAGCUGUAAUAAAUGCGACUACGUGGCUAACGAGGAAUUGGCCAAGAGCCCAAUAUUGCCACAUGGACAAUCAAAGGGUAUCGAUUGUUCAACCGGAACAGCACCACCUACUACGACAGAAUCUCAAUCGGAGGAUUCCAUGGGACUAUGGCAGGGUAUAUCCCGCGAUAGAUCCGUGCUAGUCAACGUAUGGCAUAUGUCUCCUUCGUUGUCUACGCUCGGUAACAACCCGUCAAUAAAAGCCCAAGUCAACAUUCAUGCAAUCAAAGCUGUUUUCCCCGAUCUUGACAGUUCCAUCGAAGAUCCGGUUCCUCUCUGGCAUGGAAACAAGCUAGUGGCCACAUUUAAUCUAGUAGGGGAACCAUCACCGGCUCAAUCACUGCGGAUUUUGAACCUGGUAGACGGUAGAGUACCUGGGUCCAUCACACAAAAUCUCGAACCGAUGCAAAAUGCCAGCCCCAUCGGCGGAGGUUCAGAACUUCCUACGGAAGAAUUUAUCUAUCGAGAUCCAACAACUGGGAAGGCUCUGAAUCUUAUGCGUAUUCAAAAUGGGGAUACCUGCCCACGCUGUUCUAACGGCACACUGAAAGUCCAGAAAGCAAUUGAACUGGGCCACACUUUCCAUCUUGGAACAAGGUAUAGCAAACCACUUGGGGCGAACGUUAUGGUCCCAAGUGAAUUUAAACCGGGGCUAGAUGCCGGUUUUGAAUUUGCUGCGGAAGCCAACGAGGCGGGAAGUCGAAUGGUGGCGAUGCAAAUGGGAUGCCACGGCAUUGGAGUAACCCGAGUAAUUGGUGCAGUGGCAGAUACCCUUGCGGACGAGAAAGGUCUCAACUGGCCCCGUGUUAUGGCGCCAUUCGAGCUGGUUAUUGUUCCUACACAUGCAAAGGGACAUGACGAGGCUGCAUUAGAGGUCUAUGAUACACUUUCGACAUAUUCUCAGACCACUACCGAUUCGUCGAUAGAUCUUGUGCUGGACGACCGCAAAGUAGAAUUCGCUUGGAAAAUGAAGGAUGCGGAACUAGUUGGAUAUCCCAUCACUGUUGUUGUAGGCAAGAGAUGGAAGGAGAGGAUGUGCGAAGUGCAGUGUAGGAGAUUGAAGGUCCGGGAAGAUGUGGCUCUGGACAGGCUGUCUGAUUAUGUCAAGUCUUUACUCUCGCAACUGUAG